UGCUGAUCCGACACGCCGAAUGAGAGUGCUCUUCAAAGUUUGAUCUUUCGAUUUAUGAACGUCAAUUGCCCUUUUCAUUGUCUGGUCUUCCUUCCCUGAUGUUUGUAAGCAAGUUUUGUCAAACUUAGAUGUAGCAAUGUUCACAUCUGGACAAGAAUCUAAUUUGAUUGAUGUUACUCUGGGCUGACACAAGAUAUCAAAUGCUAAUUUACACUGUUGGGGAAAUCGUUAACUGGUAACUUAUUGGUCAGCUGGCGAGUUGGGGAUUAAUGGACUAAUCGGCCAGUUAAUCGGCCAGUUAAUCAAUUUAUCGGCCGAUUAAUCAGUUUAUCGGCUACUCGGUGGCCCUCCGAGUAGGGAUUAAUCGGCCAGUUAACUGGUUAAUCGACCGAUUUUUUGAACAGUGCUAAUUUAUGGUCACUUUAUCUUUACUACGACAUUAAUAAUUUCAAAUGUUUAUUUCCUCUUAGGAAGGUUGAGGUAAUCAACAAAUUGCAGUUGUAAUUUACCUAAGCCAAGCCACCAACACUGUCUAAUGGAGAGUAAUACACCACAUGAAACUGUCAAACAUUGCCACGGUGAAGAAUUCGAAAACAUAGGAGAGCCACUUCGCAAGAAUGAUGGCCACUGCUUCAAGGAUAGCUGCAAUAACACAAAUUCUGAAGUCAUCGCCAGAGUAAAAUGGUCAGAAGAGGAAAAUAAGAUACUCACUAAUAUGAUCAACAAACAUGGGCUGAAAAACUGGCAAACUGUCGCACAUGCUAUACCGGGCCGAAGUGCACCGCAAUGCCGACAAAGGUGGAGAUACAAAAUAGACUCUGCAAUAAACAAGGAGGCAUGGUCGGAGCAGGAGGAGUUGAGACUGAUUCGUGCUCAUCAAAUUUAUGGAACUAAGUGGCGUGAAAUGGUCAAACAUUUUCCUGGGAGGACGAAUGGUGCAAUCAAAGAAUACUGGAGAGGCCCAAUGAAAAGAAAGUUGAAUUCAUAUUUAGCUUCAGGGUUGCUUGAUCAAUUCCCGGACGAUCUUGAAAACCUGUCAGUAUCACAGAACAGUGACUCGGAUAUUCUGAAAGACACUAAAGGUUUGUCCGAUAGAAAUGAAACGACAUCAGCUGUACCAACAAGUUCCAAAUCUGAAAUGGGCUUCACAGAAACAGGUGAAAAUGCUGAUGCAUCGGAGGGAGAAAGUGCAGAUUUGAUGUAUGUUAGAGGAGUUGAUGCUCCUUCAGCCAAAUCCCCUCAAAAGAUAAUUGAAAGAUCCGAGCAGCAUGCAAAAACCAAAAGGAAAUUGGAUUUUCUGUCAAACCCAGUGGAGCUUAAGGCGUCCACUUUUGCAGUAAACUCUCCAAGGCCUUCACAGGAAAGGGAACAAGUGAUUCCAGCCGUUGCUGGUAUCUGUCCUUCAAAUGGAUGCCAUGAUAUUUUACCAGAAGUCCCAUCGGAUUGUGCAGACACACUUUUAUCACAAACUGGUUGUUACCAAUCCACUGAUAUUUAUUCUGCAGAAUUCUCAGAUCCCUCAGAUCCAUGUUCACUAGAGCUAGACAUCUCAGAUCUUAUGGAGAUGUCAUACUUUGAUAACUUGAUGAUUUUUCCUCCUGGUUCUCCACAUGAUGGUAACUCCAUAUAAUAUGUGGAAAGUGAGAUACUGACAAAAGGUACAACUUCAGAUGGUUUCAGUCGCACUCUUGUAGCAGAAUAGGCGAUGAACUAAACUUACUGUUAUUGUUAUCGCCCUGUAAAUUGACAGUGUAUGAUUAUCGUCGUGUCGGAUGAAAAUUUUAGCUGGAGAAAAAAGAACGGUGCUGUUUCAUGUCAUAGUUACUGUCGCUGGUUUGAAGCAGAUAACUAUUUUUGUA